CUCUCAUUGGUUGACAAUUGAACACAGUGGCGAGAUUCAAGAACCUAACUUAAAUAAAUAGCUUUGAAGAAACAAAGAAGAAAAAAAGAAAAAAAAUUAAAUCAAACCCCACCCAACUCUCAACUGCAAUGGCGGCGGCGGCGCCGGUGAGAGUGUACGGCCCUCCUUUCUCCUCCGCCGUGUCGAGGGUUCUGGCCUGUCUCCUCGAGAAAGAUGUUCCUUUUCAGCUCCAGCCUGUUAACAUGGCCAAAGGGGAGCAUAAGAAGCCUGAUUAUCUCAAGAUUCAGCCAUUUGGACAAGUACCGGCGUUUCAAGAUGAAAGCAUCACUCUCUUUGAAUCGAGAGCCAUAUCUAGAUACGUAUGCGAGAAAUACUCAACCAAAGGAAACAAAGGACUAUACGGAACAAAUCCUCUUGAAAAAGCUUCGAUCGAUCAAUGGCUGGAAGGUGAAGGCCAAAACUUCAAUCCACCGAGCUCAGUCCUCGUAUUUCAACUCGCCUUUGCUCCAAGAAUGAAGAUCAAGCAAGAUGAGAGUUUAAUCAAGCAGAACAAGGCGAAGCUUGCAAAAGUUCUCGAUGUAUACGAAAAGAGGCUCGGUGAGAGUAGGUACUUGGCCGGAGAAGAGUUCACACUUGCAGAUCUUAGUCACAUCCCAAACACACACUACUUGGUGAAUGUGUGUGAAAGAGACGAGCUUUUUGCAUCGAGAGAAAAUGUCGAGAGGUGGUGGGGCGAGAUCUCGAGCCGAGAGUCGUGGAGGAAGGUUGUUGAUAUGCAGAAAUCACCACCAAGAGGUUGAGAAUUUUUUUAAUUUUUAAUUUUUAUAUGUUGUGUCGAUUUGGUUUGUUGGAUAAAAGUUGUGGAUGUUGUGUUUUUAUAGUUGAUAUGCUAUGAAGAUUUUUAUGAGAAGUUGACAUUACAGUUGAUGAUUAAUUGAAUGUUUUUUUAUGGAAAAAUGAGGGAACAACCUCUCAUUUGGAAAAA